GCCUCUGCCUCUCUGUGAAAUCUGCCUUCCAUUGCAUUUCUCCACCAGCGGACUAGCCAGGCCCCUCGCAGCUGCUGCUACACUGGGGCCCCGAGCCGGGCUGAUUCCCCCCGCAGACCCGGCAGGUGUGACUCUGGAGCUCCAUCGGAGACCUGCCUGGAAACCACGCCGCUCCGGAUGCAGGAUAUUCGGACUGCUCCUCGGGAGAAGCCCCGGGGUGUGCUGGAACCAUAAUCAAAGUGCGACACACUGUCUCUCUCUCUCACACACACCAGCCCCAUCACACAGGGGCCUUUCCUGCACUGUAACUUUGCGUGCUUGCCUCUCUGUGGAGGGGGGGGGGACAGAUCCUCGGAGGUGAGGCUGCUCGGAUCAUUAUCCGGGGGAGCGUGACGCGCUCUCCACAGCAGCUCCUGCGCUGUCAGACGAGGAAGUGAGGCUUCAAACACACGCCCAUUCCUGCCUGUCGAAGAAGCCCACAGCCGUUCAUCAGAUAACAGCAACAGACUUUACAAACAUGCGGUCUCUGUCAGAUGGACUACACCGGGACUGACCUGCAGGACGACGCGUAAUCAGGGGCUCCUAAACGCAGCGUUCUGAUGUACUUCCUGUGUUCCAGUCUACGUCAGUGUUGAAGGAUGGACCGGGAGCUGCUGCGUCAGAACCAAUCAGAACACGGCGAUGCCACCAACGGAACCAGCCCUCAGACUUCCACCACCACGGCCGACCCCUCCACCCCCACAACCCCGACCCCUCCCCGGCUCACCCCCAACCCUAUGCUCCUGGACUCCCCUGCUCCCACGCUGACGCCCACCACCUCCUCCCCUCCCCCGCCUCUCACCCCUGCUCCCUCCAUCACCACGACCCACGUCCCAAAGGCGGCGUCGGCUCCAUCCCCCCACGUCCUCGUCCCCGCUCCGCCUAAACUCACCUCUACCGCCACCCCUGCCCUCCGCACCUACUCGCGCCCCAUCCUCCCCUCCCCGGCAGGCGUCUCCAAAACAUCUCCAUCCUCCUCUUUCCUCCCUCCUUCCUCUUCCUCCCCUGUUGUAGCCAGCACCACAUCGCCACUCCCUCCUCCUCCUCCUUCUUCUUCUUCUUCUUCUUCUUCUUCUUCCUCUUCUACUUCUUCUUCCACAACGCACAGCGCCACCAUGGCAUCCAAGACCUCCACCAGCCUGACCAAUGGGAACACAAGGCCUGUUUCCACGUCAACCUCCACACCCAUCAAGCCCUUCCACACACCAGCCAGCCCGCCUGGCCGACAGGUAUCUCAGGCUCAUCCUGUGGGCACACCUGGUCUUGUGAGAGCCAAUCAGAGCCCGUCUCCUGUCAGGCAGAGGGUAUCCCAGCAGACCUUGCUCCUGGGGAAAGGUCUCAAAGGGUCUGGCCAAGACCAGGUGCUGCUCAGAGCUCAGAUGCUCCAGAGUCUCACCCUGAGGCCUCCUCCCCCCGGGGCCCUCACCAUCCCUCCAUCCCUCCGCUUAAAGCCCCCCUCCUCAGCCCCGCCUCCCCUCUCUCGCCCUCACGCCCCUCUCUUCCCACCUCUCAGGCCGCGACCGCAGCCCAGCACCACGGCAACCGAGAGCCCGACCACGCCUAGCCGCCACCUCUCCGUCCCUCCGCCAACUCUGUACUCUCCGGUCCGAGCCGUCCCUCUGAGACCCAGACUUCACUCUCCAAACGGCCACAGAGUGACGUCACCGAGGCAAAACUCCACCCUCCAAGCGAUCGCUGCUGCCCCCGUCAGUCAGGCGUCCUCCAUCUGCAGGCCGCUGUCCGGACUCAAGACGUGUCCGUUAGCUCAAACCAUGCUCGGGCCCAGCCAAUCACAGCACAGCUCGUUAUCAGUGACCAACCCGAUGUCUGUUUCCUCCCAUUUCGAGCGCUCGCCUUCUGCGGCGAGGCAGCUGCAAAUCAUCGCCCUCUCCUCAGGCCGCCAGACGAAACCCGGCACCUACGCCCACACUGUGCAGUCAACGCCCCCCAUCCUAGAGUCCCCGGACCUGUCCAGCCAAUCAAAGAGGACUCUGAGCGGCGAAGAUGUGCUUCCUCUUCCUCUCAACCCAACGUUGCCAAAAAAUACCUCUCCUCUGCCCUCGCCUCCGUCCCUCCUGAGUCCAGCAUCCCCUCCGAGUCAGCUGGGUCCUCACGUUCAGAUCCUGAGCCAGAAAAAAGAGGCGAAGGAGAGCGAGGAGCAGAGGGAGAGACCAAGAGGGGUGAGACAAGGGAUCAGAGAGGAGGUGGGCGGAGGGAAAGAUCUGAAGACGGUGCAGAAAGACGACCAAAGAGGGAGAGAGAAGGACGAGAAACCGAGGCUUCCACCGGAGACAGACGGAAACCUGGUCCGCCAGAAACUCACACACGAAGCAGAGCGAGGCCGAGAGAGCGAGGACAUGGAAGUGACGGAGGAAGGGGAGAGUGACAGAGCGAGGGAGGAGAAAGAGAGAGGGGAGGAGAAAAAGAUGGAGGAGGAAGAGGAAGAAGAGACAGCUAUGGACCAGUCUGAGAACUGGACCAGUCAGAUUCUCCAUCAGCACCAGAACAAGGAUCCAAACCCAAAGCCAGACACCGUUAAAGACUCCGGCGUGGAACUGAAAUCCAUCAAGGGGCUCGGUUCUGCUCCAGCUCCAGUCCCAGUGACAGCACCAGUACCCAGUCCAGUCCCAGAGGUCUCUGUCCACAGUCAGAGACUUCCAGAGAUCUCUAUGCACAGUCAGAGACUCCCAGAGGUCUCUAUCCACAGUCAGAGACUCCCAGAGGUCUCUAUCCACAAUCAGAGACUCCCAGAGGUCUCUGUCCACAGUCAGAGACUUCCAGAGGUCUCUGUCCACAGUCAGAGACUCCCAGAGGUCUCUGUCCACAAUCAGAGACUCCCUGAGGUCUCUGUCAACAAUCAGAGACUCCCUGAGGUCUCUGUCCAUAAUCAGAGACUUCCAGAGGUCUCUGUCCACAGUCAGAGACUUCCAGAGGUCUCUGUCCACAGUCAGAGACUCCCUGAGGUCUCUGUCCAAAGUCAGAGACUCCCUGAGGUCUCUGUCAAUAAUCAGAGACUCCCUGAGGUCUCUGUCCACAAUCAGAGACUCCCUGAGGUCUCUGUCCACACUCAGAGACUCCCAGAGUCUCAUCGGGACCUCCAGCCGGUCAGCCAGGAGGACUUCUGCGAGAACAUGUCAACGCAAUCCGACAACCAGUCAGCGCUGUCCAGCCUCUCCUCUCAGUCUCCACCCUCCUCGCCUUUCAUCACUCCAUCCGCUGAGCAUCCUCCCCCCCUCCUCCCCGCUCAGACCGCCCACCCAACCGACCUCAGCCUAUCACAGCGCGAGACUGAGAAGGCGGACAAAACGACCACAGACACAGAAACGUCGCAGCACCUCACCGAGGCCGAACCUCUCGGCCAAUCAGAGGACGAGUCGGACGUCUUCAGCCCGUCGCUGAACAGCCCGUGGGAGCCGAGGGCGUGGCCUGAGGGGCGGCAGGUCCUGACUCACCUGGUGGAGGGGUUCGUGAUACAGGAGGGGCUGCAACCUUUCCCUGUGAACCGCUCGUCCCUCCUCGUUCCAGAGCAGGUGACCAAACCCAAGGAAGUGAACGGGACCAAUGGGAAGGCAGCGUCACCUGUGUCAGACACGGUGAAGAAAUCUGAACACUCCACAGAGUCGGAGGAGGAGGAGACCGGAGACCUGGAGGACCCCGGGAACAGGUCGACCCAAAGGGACCGGACGGUGCUGCACUGUCAGUUCUGUGGGAAGAGAGGCCACGCCCACAACUUCAUGCGGUCCAAACGCUUCUGCUCCACUUCCUGUGCUCGAGGGUUCAACGUUCGUCUGACGAAGCGUCUGCGGGCUCUGAGUGCAGGAAGCCGGUCGGAGAGGCCACGCCCAGUCCUGAACAGGGCGGAGUCAGUUCCAGGGAAACCUCUGUUACUGCGGCUGCCUCGGGACCUUUGGAGCGCCGGCCGUCGAGAAAAGGAUGGAAAGGAGAAACCAGCGGCUGCAGAAGAAGAGGAAGAUGAGGAGGAGGAGGUGGACAUGGAGGCAGGAGCUGAGGAUGAGGGUGAGGAAGAGGACGGAGGGGAGGAGGAUCCAGCGGUUGCCAUGUCGGCCCGGAUGGAGCGCCGGGCGGCCCGCAGAGCGAGGAGGGCGUCUGCACCUGCUCUGACCUCCUCAGCGCCCACCACACCCACAACCACGUUCAAACCCGCCCCCUCCCAGUGGAGCGUGGAGGAGGUGACGGCCUUCAUACACACCCUGCCAGGCUGCAGCGACGUGGCCGAGGCGUUCCGGCUGCAGGAGAUCGACGGUCAGGCUCUGCUGCUGCUCACCGAGGACCACCUGAUGACCAGCAUGAACAUCAAACUGGGACCAGCUCUCAAGAUCUGCGCUCACAUCAACUCGCUGAAAAACCAGUGAGCGACGAGCAGAGAGGAAAACCAAGAGACAGUGGAAGGGGAACGUGGAACUCUGAGGAGAAUUAGAUUCAAAAUCAAAAGCUGACACCAAGGAUGACAGAACAAAGUCACAAAAAGAGCUGAAGGUAAUUUAUGAGAUUCAAAAUCGAGGAGUGGCCUUAGAGGACGUCAAAGAAGAAGAAGAAGAAGCGUGAAGACACCAGAGUCCAGAGGAAAUGUCAUCGUUUUUUUUGUCCCUCUGACCGUAGCAGGAGAGCGGGGGGGUUUUGUAACUUUGUGUACAUUUUACAUGCAGCUGGAGAGUGUACAUUUGAAGCUAUUUCAUGAAGGAUUUUCAACAUUUAAUAUAUAAAAUUUGUCUAUUUAGUUUUUUUAGAACGUGACGUUGAUGACAAAUCUAUCCAGUAGCUAACAUAACCCGUGUGUGUAAAAAAAAACAACAAUAAUAAUGAUGAUGAUGAUGAUGAUGAUGAUGAUGAUAGGUAGACUUUGUAAGUGAUUAAUGAAAGUUUAAUGUUUUAUAUCACUAUAUUCUGGACAAACAUGUCUGUGGAUUAAAAAAAGUCACUAUCAGGGUAGAGACUGGUGUCUUUAAUCGUCACAUUUUUAUGGUAUCCUGCUUGAAAUUAUUUAAUAAAUGAAUAAUUAAUCAAAA